AUGCAAGCUUGCGAGGGAGCAGCGGCCGGACGCCGGGCCUUCGACAACAUCUGCCCCAACAGGAUGCUGGAGCUGCGGGGCCGGCCCCUCGGCAAGCCCGGGAAGCUGGAGAGGAAGUUCGCCCCUCCGCGGAAGUUCUUCUCCGGUUGCAGCAGCCCCAGCCCAGUGUCGGUGUACGAGGACCCCCCGCGCACCGAGCCCGCUGUGCUGCCUGCCCUCACCACCAUCGACCUGCAGGACCUCGCCGACUGCUCGUUCCUCGGGCCCGACGCGCCGCCUGCCGGUGACUCCGCCACCUCACAGAGCCUGGCCCAGCACACGGUGGCGGACUUCGAUCUGCAGGAUUUCAGAGUCACGGUGGAGGAUCUCAUUGCAGACUCAUCCUCGGUGAUGUUACCUCCUCUGGACGGCGGAGACUUCCCCUUCUCUCCUUGCGACACACUGGACACACUGUCAUUCGGGCCCUGCCUUUCCCCUCCGCUGGACCCACAAACCCUGCAGUCUCCGCCACCGCUGCCGCCACGCCCUGCGGACGUGCCCCCAUCGGAGCAGUACUGGAGGGAGGUGGCCGACCAGAACCAGAGGGCGCUGGGCGACGCGCUGGUUGAGAACAACCAACUGCACGCGACACUGACCCAGAAACAGGAGGAGAUCGCGUCGCUCAAGGAGCGCAACGUGCGGCUGAAGGAACUCGCCAGUCGGACCCGGCACCUGGCCUCCGUGCUGGACAAGCUGAUGAUCACCCAGGCCGGGGAUGGCGAGGCGGCCGCCGAGCCCCGCCUGCUCAAGGCCACUGCCAAACGGAGUCUGGAGGAGUUGCUGGGCGCUGCGGGGCAGGACUGCGCGCGAGUGGACGCCAUCCUGAGGGACAUUUCCGAGAGCUGCGACGAAGCCUUGCAGAGCCACGACCCCAAGCGGCUCCGCCUGCAGCCGGAGGCAGCGAGCCCGGCUCCGGGGCCUGGGGGCCUGCACGGUGCCUUCCGGGGGCUGCACACGCACUGCAGCCCGGGCGCGCUCGACCUGAGCCAGGGGGAGCUGGAGGAGGACGGCGCCUUCUGCACCCCCAUCCGCAGCCACAGCACCAUCCGCACCCUGGCUUUCCCGCAGGGCAAAGCCUUCACCAUUCGGACGGCCAACGGGGGUUACAAAUUCCGCUGGGUCCCCAGCUGA